AUGGACGCCCUCGGCGACGCCUUGUGCGGCUGCGGCGACGACGCCGUGGAGCUCGACGAGCGCGACGACCUGCCGCCGACGCUGAGCGCCUACGUGAUCAACGCCAUGCAGGCGCCCCACGAGGUGCUCGACGUGCACCCCAAGGCGCCGCCCUGGGCGACGCGCGACAACCUGCGCGUGAACUGCCUGCGGCUCCUGGCGAGGCGCGAGCGCCACUUCGAGGCCUACGUCUUCCGCGCGCUCGCGGCCCACGACGCGACGCACGGGUGCCCCGGCCUCGAGCCGCGGCCGGACCGGUGCGCGCCGCACGCGGCCGCGCUCGUCGCGCACGCGCUGCUCGCGGCGCGCGCGACGAAGCGCACGGAGGACCUCGUGCAGCGGCUGCCGCGGCUCGUGGGCGACGGCCACUUCGACGGGUCGCCCGACGACGCGCUGCACGCGCGGCGGCCGCUCGGCGCGCCGCGGUCCCGCCGGCGCCGCGCGUGCGGCCUGUUGGCGACGCGCUGCGUCGGCGCGCGCUGGGCGUUGGACCCGGACCGCACGGCGAUCCUCGAGUUCGACUUCGAGGUGUCCUACUGCGGCCGGGUCACGACCGUCGAGAGCGCGCCCGCGGAGGCCGUCGCGGACGCGCUCGCGCGGCUCCAGGCGACGGAGCUCCGGGAGCUGCGCCUCGUCGACGCCGCGUCCUACCGGGCGCUGAAGCCCCUGUGCCGCGUGCGCGGCCUGCUGCAGCGCGCGCGGAAGCAGGAGGACUUUCGGCGGCGGAAGACGCCCGCGGAGAUCGGCCGCGUCCUCGCGCGGCGCUUCAUGGCGCUGCACCGGUCCCUGGGCCUGCUUGUAGGCGCCUACAGCCCCGCGCUCCUCGAGGGCUUGCUGCGCGUCGACGUGGACAGCGUGUGGCGCGAGGAGGAGCCGCGCGUCGCGCGGAGCCUCGACCCGCCGCGGCCGACGGACCCGAGCGACGUGCUCUAUCUGGUCGACGAGGAGUGGCUCCGCGCCUGGCGGUCCUGGGCCUUCUACGCGCCGCCCAGGGGCGGCGACGCGGACCCGCCGCCGCCGCCGGGCCCGCUCUCGAACGCGCGGCUCGCGGCGCCGCCGCGGCCGCCGCUCGCGCCGUACGCGCUCGGCGUCGACUACCGCGCCGUGUCGCCGUCGCUCUAUGCCUACUUUUCCCUCUGCCACGGCGCGGCCGACGAGCCGGGCCUCGCGCGGCGGCGCGCGGACCCGAGCCUCCGGGGCGCGCGCGCGCCGCCCGCGCGGCCCCUGGCGAUCGCGCGCGUCGCGCGCUGCCUCAAGGCCGCGGCGCGCAACCGGCGGCCCGUCGUCGAGGCCGCGGAGGACGACGCCGACGACGGGCUCGACGACGUCGCGGCCGAGGUCCUCGCGGACGUCGCGGACGCGCUCCUCCCGGUGCCGCCGCCGCCGCGCGGGGGCGAGACGACGUGCUGCACGCCGGCGCCGAAGCCGCCCGACCCGGAGGCCGGCGUCGAGCUGCCGACGCUGUCGCCCCUGCACGACGCGCUGCGGGAGGCGUAA